GUUGUUUCACUUUAUCGUAUUAUAAAAAUAUUUUGUCGUAUUUUUUAAAUGGCGAUUACGUCAACAGAAUUUUCAUGACUGUUAUAUUUUGUCCCCCUGUGUUUGAUGUUAUUGUCAUUAAUAUUUCGAAUUAUUUUUCCAAAUUAAUUUUGUUUGAAAUUACGAAACUUCAUGCAAAAUAUGAAAGCUUCAAAGUCACGUGUAAAGUAUUGAUCAAAUGAUUGUUAAUCAAAAUGAUGAUUUAAACGAUUCAUUCACGUAAUAAUAUAAUAAAUAAAAAUGAUUAAUUUAUGGUUACAUUUUAUCAAAGAAUAAAUAUAAUACUACUGUGUUGGAAUAAUAAAAUUCAUUCGAAUAAAUGAACGCAACAAGAUUAUUAACAACAACAUCUAUUACAAACUUUACACGUAAUAUUCACAUCGGCGUAUUGCGUCAGGAACAAAAGAUUCUUCAGAUGCUCGAGUUGCCCCUGCAACAACACUCACUUUUUGGAUAUCAUUGUAAAAGUGCAUCACUUCCAGAAACAUUAUUUUCAACGUAUUCAAACAUAAUUGAGUCAAUGGUUAAUCCAAUGGCACAUCAAGAACUUAAUAAAAAUAUCAUAGAACCAUUUUUGGAUACGUCUUAUGUUACAAACAGUAAUUUAAUGACCUGUAAUAUAUCAUAUAAUAUAUCUAACAGUUACACCGAUUCAAUGGAGAAUAAUAUGGCCAUUUGUUCAUCUAUAGAAGAAAGAAGUAUUAUCGAUGAACAAAAUUAUAAUGCAUUAAGAAAUUGGGAAAGAUCGGAAAAAGGAAAAGUACAACAAGUUGAUGGAGAUGGUGCAUUUGUAUUUAGAUUAUUAUCUUUCAAUAUACUCGCACAAAAUCUUUUGGAAGAGAAUUAUUAUCUAUAUAAACGACACGAUAGAGAUGCAUUAUCUUGGGAAGUAAGAAAACCACUUCUAUUAAAAGAAAUACUUGGAGCACAUGCUGAUAUUAUAUGUCUUCAAGAAAUGCAGGAAGAUCAUUUAAACGAAUUUGUCAAACCAUUUAAAGAACUUGGUUACAAGUAUCUUUACAAAAAACGAACUAACGAUAAAAGGGAUGGUUUACUAUUACUGUAUCAUUCUGAUCAAUUCAAUUUGAUAGAUUAUGUGAAAGUAGAAUAUUAUCAACCAGGCAUAGAACUGCUUAACAGAGACAAUGUUGGCAUAGUUGCUAAACUAUCAUUUCGUGAUAGUCCAAAUACACAAAUCGUUAUAGCUACUACCCACUUGCUCUUCAAUCCAAGAAGAAAUGAUAUCAGAUUAGCACAAACUCAACUGCUAUUUACAGAAAUUGAAAGAAUUGCAUUUAUCGAGAAUACAGAAUCUGGUCCAAAGUAUCUACCAAUUAUUUUUUCGGGAGAUUUUAAUUUAAGACCUUAUACGGGUGUUUAUAAAUUUAUAACCGAAGGAUCAUUUGAGUAUUAUGGUAAAGGACAAAAUUUGGAACCAACUAAUUUUCGUCCUUUAUCUUACAUAUUAAUACCACCACGAUUACGUAUUACGGAUAAUUGUCAAUAUUUUCAUCUUGUAAUAAAAAGAUUAAGAGAAAAUAUUAACGAUAAUAAAAAGACAAAGGAUUCUAAAUGUGACGAUAAACAAGAUGAAAUGUAUGGCAUAGCUGUAUUUAAUCAAACUGGCUUUGAUGCAAAGAAAAAUGAACCACAAACGAUUGAAAUAACGAAAGAUGAUUGUAUCAAAUUUUCAUCUGGCAAAUUAACACAUCCUUUUAAUUUGCGUAGUGUUUAUAAACAUGCAGAUGCACAUGGAAAUGAGGAAGUAACAACUAAUCAAGGAAGAUGGAUUACAGUUGAUUACAUAUUCUAUAGCGAUCUUGAACCAGUAAAUAUAUACACCUUGCCAACCCUAGAAAAGUGUACAAUUUUACCUACGAUACCUAACUUUGCUGUUGGAAGUGAUCAUUUAUGUUUAGGGGCUACUUUUAAGAUAUUAAAGAAAGAAUAGUAAAAAGUACAGAUGAACAUAUACUUGUUCUUUUUUUUUUUUUU